AUGGAGGUGGCCACGGACCAGCCUCGCUGGAUGGCCCACCACGCCGUGCUCAACGGGCAGCACCCCGAGAGCCACCACCCCGGUCUGGCUCACAACUACAUGGAACCAGCGCAGCUCCUACCUCCGGAUGAAGUCGACGUCUUCUUCAACCACCUGGACUCCCAGGGCAACCCCUACUACGCCAAUUCCGCCCAUGCCCGGGCCAGGGUCUCCUACAGCCAGGCACACGUGUCGCGGUCGGAGGGGAUGAAGAUGGAGAGCGCCAGCCCGCUCAGAAGCAGCCUCACCAGCAUGGGGGCCCAGCCCUCCACCCACCACCCCAUCCCCACCUACCCCUCCUACGGGCCGGCCGCCCACGACUACAGCAGCAGCCUCUUCCACCCCGGCAGCUUCCUGGGGGGCCCAGCAUCCAGCUUCACCCCCAAGCCACGAAGCAAGGCCAGAUCCUGUUCGGAAGGCAGAGAGUGUGUGAACUGUGGAGCAACUGCCACCCCUCUCUGGAGAAGAGACGGCACCGGGCAUUACCUGUGUAACGCCUGCGGGCUCUACCACAAAAUGAAUGGUCAAAACCGACCUCUCAUUAAACCUAAACGAAGGCUGUCAGCGGCUAGGAGAGCAGGGACGUGUUGUGCCAACUGUCAGACAACCACCACAACCUUAUGGCGACGUAAUGCAAACGGGGACCCAGUUUGUAAUGCCUGCGGACUCUACUAUAAAUUGCACAAUGUGAACAGGCCUCUGACCAUGAAAAAGGAAGGAAUUCAGACCAGGAAUAGGAAAAUGUCCAACAAAUCAAAGAAAAGCAAGAAAGGCUCCGAGUGUUUUGAGGAACUGUCCAAGUGCAUGCAGGAGAAAUCGUCUCCGUUCAGCGCUGCUGCCCUUGCUAGUCACAUGGCGCCCAUGGGGCAUUUGCCACCUUUCAGCCACUCUGGACACAUCCUACCAACACCUACCCCCAUCCACCCAUCUUCCAGCAUCUCAUUUGGACAUCCACACCCAUCCAGCAUGGUUACAGCCAUGGGAUAAAACCUGAUGACCAAGAGACCCACCCAGAGAUUAAGAACAUGGGGCUUUGCCUAAGACGACACCAAGUAAGAAAAUGUUCUGCAAAAGGAGAAUGUAGGGAUGGCAAAAGGGGAUCUUUGCUCCCAUGUGGUUUAACUCUUAAUGCUGGACUAAAACCUUGCAAAUGAUGGGUCUUCUGCAGAAACGUGUAGUGGUGCCUGUAAUGCACUUUGCCCCCUCAGGUAUAAGGAAAAAGAACUCACCUGUUCAAUACUUAAUGGUCCAGCAGGAAGCAAAAGAUGGCAGAAGCUGAAGGAAAAGGCUUGGAACUGGCUUUCCUUUCUCUCUUUGUUAUUACUGUGAAUAUUGUAAAGAGAUAUAAGCAGCCUCCCAGGAUGGAAUCGGCUCACUGGAAGCCAGACAUGCUGGAUUUCUAUCGUGGACUUUGUUUGGGAUGGGGAAAAAGAAAAAAAAAUUAAAAAAGGACAUCUUUAUAAAACGUAAUUUUUCAAAUGAAAUCAGACACAAAGUCAUAUUUAUUUUGCUCUUGUUUUCCACAAAAAGCCUCAACCCCUCUGAUUGCAUGUUUUUGUGCUGUUGUUUGCAAUGGCUACCCUGUAAGAAAACCUGCCUUCAAAACAAGGGGAGAGGGGGGGGAACAUAUUCAGCAGCCCCCUUGGAUUAGCUCCGUCUAUCUUCCAUACCAAAAUAUCCACUAGGAAGGGGGAAAAGAUUGCGGGGGGAACAAAGCAAAAAUGUAGCUGUAAUACGGGAUUUUAAUGUGCCCAAGAUGGUGAUUAUUUUGACGCAAUUUCUUCAUUCUUUUCCCUAACAGGAAAGAUUUAUUUUAAAAAUAACAGCCCCCCUCCCAACUACCCUAUUAUUCCUCAAAACAGACAGCUAGGUCAGGCAAACUGUUAGGAAAAAACUCUCGGGGAAGGCAAUCCUGCACUAGCGAGGGGUGAGAUACAAGCAUUUACCAAACUGUCGCAGCUAACUUCUAGCACAGCAAAAACCAUCACAGGGCAUAAAAACAUCCAACUCGCAGACUUCAGAGGUUGAAGCAUUUUUGUUCUGUUGUGUUGGCAGCUGUUGCUUAAAAAUGCAGAUUAGCUGCUUGGGUAAACUUGCGGCAGUGUGGCCACCACAUCCACACGCAACCGGCCAGCACAUGUGCUGUCUCGGGCAUCCAGGCCCCAGUGGACUUCACAGGGAGGAAGGGCAGAAAUGAGGUUGAGAUCACUGGAGAGGGGAAAGAGAGAGACAAUCAGUUUGAGCUUCACACAUCCGUCAAAUCCCAAACACAGCGACGGCUAAUGAGAUGAGGGAAAGCAUCAUUCUAAGGAGAAUGUCCGUUUUCCAUAGCGUGUUUUAUAUGAAAAAAAAAAAAA